CACAUCGUCAUGGCUGCAGAGGCUAAAAUCGACCCAACCGGGAGACUUGUCGAGGCGCUCGUGGUGCGCCUGCGCCGAAGGCAAAUCGUCGGCUCGCGCAAUGUUGCGCUCGCGACGGCUGCGUUGAUGCAGAACGUCGUGCGCAGCAUGCGUUUCAGCACCAUUGACGAGCUCAUCGAUGCGAUCCGCGGCAUCGGCAGACUGCUGAACGAGGCGAACCCGAAGGAACUGGCCACAGGCAACAUUGUGCGGCGCAUCAUUAAACUCAUCCGCGAAGAGUACCGCGCCGCUGCCGCUGCGCACAUGUCCCAGCCCUCCUCUGUUCCCGGGACGCCAGGGCCAGCCACCCCCGGCUUUGCCACGCCGCCAAACUACUUCAGUUACUCGCCCAACGCGGGCAGUGUUCCGGGCACGCCGAUGCCGCGCUCGACACCCAACCUCUCGAACUUUGUGGCGAUGCGCCACAGCCGCGUGCAGCUCGAGCGUCAGGGCUCGUUGCUCGACAUGUCCGCGGCCACGAGCAGCCUCUUCGCGACGCCGCCCCGCGUGCUGUCGUCGCAGGGGCACAGCCGGCGUGAGAGCACUGCGUCGCCGACUCUCGGCGAGAUGACGGAGUGGGAGGAGCGCGAGCGCGAGCAAUUUGCGCGGCAGGCGAGCAAGCUCAAGCCUGUGCUGAUACAGGCUAUUGACGAGGUCAUUGGCGAGCUCGAGACGACGCACGAGGAUGUCGCCCGCGGCGCCAAGGAACACAUCCACUCGGGCGAGGUGAUCCUCACUCUUGGCCACUCGCGUACCGUCGAGCACUUCCUCAAGAGCGCGUACCGCGAGCGCAAGUUCUCCGUCAUCGUCCUCGAGAGCGCCCCAUCAUUCAACGGACAGGCCAUGGCCGCCGCGCUCGCCCAGCACGCCAUCCCCACCCUCCUCGUUCCUGACAGCAGCCUGCACGCCGUCAUGCCGCGCGUAACAAAGGUCAUCUUCGGCGCACACUCCGUCUCGGCCAACGGCGGCAUGUUUGCGUUGGCCGGCUCGCUCGCGUGCACCCUCGCCGCGCGCACGCACGCCAAGCCUGUCGUCGUUGUUGCAGGCCAGUUCAAAUUCGCCCCGUCGUGGAACCUGUAUCACGAGUACGACACGCUCGACUUCCAGGGCCCGGGGCCAGUCAUUGGGUAUGACCACACGGGCGGCGGCGGCGGAUACGAGGGUGUCGAGGUUCCGGACCCUCACUUUGACUACAUCCGGCCUGAGCUAGUCAACCUCUACGCAACGAAUGACGGCGACCACCCUCCCUCGUACAUCUACCGCAUCAUCAAGGAGGCGUAUGACGAUGAGGACCUCGUGCUGUAGUAUAGUGUUCGCCUUGGGUAUGUGAUAAACGGAGAUUUGGCGCAUAGUGAGGGCAAGCUGUGUCGUGUUCAACGGUCGAAAGACACUGAUUGCCUGCCACGACUACAUAUAUAUCCAGCGCGAUAGCCACGCUGCCAUUAUCUUUGACCAGCUUACACGGAACCCGUCCUUGAAAUCCGCAGUGACAUAAUGUAAAUCGAGUGGCC